AUGAUCAGCGCCGUGUUCAUCUUCAAUGCCAAGGGCGACGUGAUCAUGUCUCGUCUUCUUAAAGACGGCGUGCGUCAGCUGGUUCUGGACGUGUUCCGUAUUCAGGUGAUCAACCUGACUAGAGCCAGUCUGUCUUCUAAGGAUGUCAGGCUGCCGGUGUUGACGUUGGGCAGCACUUCGUUUCUUCAUACACGUUUGGGGAACAUGUGGCUUGUGGCGGUGACCCGGCUGAACCAGGACCUGCUGGUGAUCUUUGAGUUUUUGUUCACGUUUACUGCGUUGCUUAAACACUUCUUUCUGAAGGAUCCAGCGGCUCCGCUUAAGGAGGAGGCUAUCACAGGGAACUUCUGUUCGAUUUAUGAGAUGCUUGGAGAGAUGCUUCAGUUCGGGUACCCUACAAACAUGGAGCCCACGUACCUUGCCUCAGUGAUUCCAGGGCUUCCGCUGCCGAAAUCAGGGUUCGACUUCCACGCUUCGCUUUUGAAGCCUAGCGCCGAUAAGGCUUCAGAGAAGGCUGCGGCUUCGGCUAUGGACCAUAGUUACGAUCCGAGAAUGGUGCUGUGGCGAGAGCCAGGGAUCAAGUACCGUCGAAACGAGAUCUUCCUUAAUGUGGAUGAAAAAGUGCAUGUUACUUUGGACAGCCACGGACGGUGCCUGCGCUCGUACAUUGACGGUGUGAUAACUAUGAAAACACAUCUACUGGGGAUGCCGGUUUGCCGGUUCGGGUUUGCUGACGAUCGGUCGGAAACAGGACUUCUCGAGAAGAUCAGUCUUGACGACUUUAAGUUCCAUAAAUGUGUGGAUUUGGCCAAGUACGAUACUGACCAGGUGAUCAGGUUUGUUCCGCCAGACGGCUCUUUCCAGCUUAUGCUGUACCACGUCAACAACACCUUCAUGCUCCCGUUUAAGGUCAUACCGAAGGUAACCGUCCAGGGCGACAAAAUGACGAUAAGAGUGAACCUCAGGUCUACGUUUGAAUCGAUGAUCGCCGCUACAGGCGUCACGCUCUCCAUUCCCACGCCCAAAGACGUUCUCAAGAACAAUAUCACCUCCUCCAACGGAAAAGCCAAGUACAACCCAGGCGACAACACCAUCUCGUGGAAAUUCUCCAAGCUCUACGGCGACCUGGACCACUCGCUCAGCGCCGAGCUCAAGCUUUCAGAAAACGACGAGUUCCUGCAAAAACAAAUCGUCAAUGCCAAAAACCCCAUGAGCUUGGACUUCACCAUGGACAUGUACAGCGCCUCAGGCCUUCUGGUGAAAUUCUUGAAAGUUGUUGAAAAGUCAAACUACAGAACCGUCAAGUGGAUCAAGUACACCACUGAAGCGGGAUCUUACGAAAUUAGGAUUUAG